AUGAUUCCACCAUUUUUUACAUCUUCUAAUGACAAAAAUUUGGUUGAAAAAGACUCACCUCCAUUAGAGCAAUCAUUUGUUUUUUUAGAUGAUAAAGGAAUUAAUAAUGAUAUGCACAUAAUUGCAGGCUACGACUGGAAUCGCAAAAUAUUUAAAGUUCAUACAUCAAUUUUAAAGGAUCGUUCCGCAGAUGAGAUGUUACUUCCGAAUCUAGUUAACUCUUUAGAAAGUAUCCUCAUUGAUAAUUAUUUAAAGCAAUCUUCGCCUGAAAUUGAAGUAUGGUUAUCAUGCUUAAUUACCAUAAAUAAAGAUCAAUUUUUGUCACGAUUCGAGGAUUGUGUUUACAAGAUGUGUCUUGAAUUUUUUAAGGAAAUAAUUCCUGGCAAUGUUAAUAUUGAGAUAGAGUCUAGGAACCAUAUUAAUACCUUGUUAGAAAUGCGUAAUAUGUAUAUUACUAAGAUUACUGCCUUUGGAAGUGUUGCUAACGUUAUUACCUCAUUGGAUAAAAGCUCUGAUGAAAGUAGCUUUGAAGAAGUAGUAAGUAGAAUUCACUUAUUACAAAAUUAG